AUGAAGGAGCUUCAGGCCAAUGCUGUCCGCGACACCGAGCGCUGCGUUCGGACUGCGAAGUUGAACUUCGACUCCGCGACCCGGGACGUCGAGCGCGCAGAGAAGGAGGUCACCGCAUUGGCGGCCUCCGACCAGUUCACCGCCGGGGUGCAGCAGCUCAAAGAGCGACUCCAGGAAGCUCAGAAGAAGCUGGAUGAUCACAAGAAUGCACGCCGAGACUACGAGCAAGCGGCCCAGGCCAGCAAGGCUUUCGGUGAUUUGGCCAGCCGGCUGGCAACAGUAGAGAUGGACUGCGACAAGGCCGCCAUCAUGGCGGAGCCGGUCGCCAAGACAUUGGACACUGCCCCCAAGGAACUCUCACCCGCGGAUCUCCGGGAGACAAAAGAGGCCGUGCGGAUCGCGCAGGCCAAGCUGGCGCCCAUCGCCCGGCUCAUCACAGCCAAGGCGACGGGCCUCAGGGGCACCAUGCUGGAGAAGAUGUCCGACCUGCAGGCUCGGGCUCAGGCCUGCCAAGUGCAACUGGACAAGGCCCAGAAAACCAUCGACGAGGCGCAGAGCCGGGUGGCGGCGAUGCCACUUCUGAACCAGGCCGCCGAGCGCUUGGCGGCAGUGGAGGAGAUCCUGGAGAAGAUGAGGGAGACAGAGGCACCCUUCCUCAUGGGCAUCGAGAACUUGCCCCCGGAGGAAGCAAAGCCGGUGCUUGACAAGAUGGACAAGGCAGCAGCCCUGGCCCUCUCCGCCGUGGCCGACGCGCACAAGUACGUUAGCCUCAAGAUGGUGGAGGUAGGCCGCUUGGCAGAGGUGACAGCCGCCGAUGCCCGCAGAGAGCUUGAGAAGGUGAAGAGGCAGCUCGAUGCCAAUGCCGAGAGAGUGCGCAAGUUCCAGCUCGACACGACAGCGCGCAGGAAGAACCACGUCGUGUUCAGCAUGAAGGAGCAAGUGGACGCAGCGGAAGUAGCUGUCCAGCGCAUGCAGAGCCUGGCAGGCGUCCUCCGCAAGGCCACCACCGAGAAGAUGGAGGAAUGCCUGGAGGAGGCGCAUGCUGCAGAGCUGGAGGCGCAGAGCGCCGUGGCGCUGGCAAGGCGGGAGGUGCAAGAGAGGCAACCCGAAGUCCGGGGCCCGAACGGCCAAGUGGCCGCGCUCAAGAACAACAGCGAGGUGCUUCGCUGCAAGGUGCGCGUGAGCCACAUGGAAUCCGAGCUGGCCAAGUUCCGCCGCUUGGCACAGGAGGCCGGCGAAAAGAUCAAGGUUUUCACGUCCCUGCGAGACAUCUGCCAGGACGUGAACCAAGCGGAGGCAGAGGCAGAACGCUUGUCUGCCGCUGCACAGCAGUGGGGACAUCUCCCGCCGGAAGAGGACGAUCGGGCCUUGGCCACGCUCAAGGCGACCGUGAGCAACACCACUGCUGAGGUGGAGCAGAAGAUCCAAGCGUCGCAAGGCCUGGAACUCAAAGAGCUCCGGAGCAUCUUCGGCCGGAUCCAGAAGAUUCAGAAGGCAAUCGAUGGGAUCAAGGAGACCAUCCAAGAACGAUCGCGCUCUCAGUGCCUGGGCAAAGUCAAGGAGGCAGUGGGAGCUUUGGGUCAGCUGGAGAAGAAGCUCGCCUCUUUGUUGGCGGCCGCCGCCAAGCCGGCCGAGCUGCCUAUCAACAGUCUCCCGGACCUGCUCCAGGAGGCCAAGGCGGUGGCCGAGGAAGCGGCCGAGGUGCAGUCACUGCUCAGCUCUUCCCAGAAAAUGCAGCUGACUCUGGACGCCAAAGUCGAGUUCGCACGCCUCCAGGUGCGCUGCAAGGCGGCGGACCGCAAGGUGAAGGCCACCCUCAGUCUGGUGUCCACUUCGUACCAGCGGCUGACCUCCGAGGCCUGCGAGGCAGUGCUGAUGGCGCUGCGGCUAGCCGCGCGGCGCGGCGAAGGCAACUUGUACCAGCCCGACCAACUCUUCGAUGAGCUCGCGGACAAUACCGAGGAGGUGAGCCAGCAACAGCUGGCGGAUUUCUUCGGGCGCUAUGGCCUGGAGUGCGGCCUCUCUGAGGAGAAGGUGCCGGUGGCAUUGCAGCUGCUCGCCCCGCAUGGCCUUACCCGGCGCGCGUUCUCUGCAAUGCUCUCCGACUACCAGAGGGUCAUGCGCGCCACCACCAUCACGGACAAGUUCGAGAGCCAAAGUUCUCAGGAGGUGCGGAAGCUCCAAGUUGAUGAGCUCCUGGAGAUCCAGGGCACGAUCCGAAAGGAUGAGCCCCUUGGACUCGAACGAGUUCCUUGUGUGGCUCUGGUGGAUGGGGUCAGCGGCUGGGUCACGGUCCGGGCCAAAAAUGGCGUCGAGAACCUGACAUCGGCGAAGAAGCCGUACCUCUGGUGCGCAAAAGCAGUGCCGCUGCGCUCACACAGCUCUUCGGACGAGGUGAUCCGAGAGCUCCAGCCCGGGGAGUGCCUCGAGCUCCUCGAGGGCCCCAAGGAGGAGUACCUCGGGCAGGAACAGCGCCUUCGCGGCGUGGCCUGUGGCGAGGAGACCAGUGGCUGGUUGCAAGUCCGGAGUCCGGACGGCGACGUCGUGGCCAAGGAGAGCAGCGACGUCUACAAGUGCGUGGCGGCCAUCGCCAUGACCGACGUCGCCGACUUCGAGUCCUGCAACAUGCUGCGGCGCAUCGACGUCGGUGAGGCGUUGGAGCUGCUCGACGACGAGGUCAGCGAAGGCGCCGGAAGCCGGCGGCAGAAGUUCCGGGCAUGCAAAGACGGCGCGGAGGGCUGGGUCACCAUAGCUGGAAACCAAGGAACCAGCUAUCUGAAGCAAGUCAAGCGGCACUACAUUUGCCUCCGGGCCUCACCCAUCCACGCGGACCUGGGUGCGGAGAGCGGCGUGCUGAGGGUGCUGAUGGCCGGCGAGGCCUUCAGGGCCUUCGAGGAUCCCAAGGAUGUGAAUGGUGGACAGCAGCGAACUGUCUACGUUGCACGCGCUGUCAAGGACGGCGCUGAAGGCUGGGUGGUCGUGACUGCCGGCGAGGUUGUCCCCUGGAGCCUCCGGACUCUGAGAACGUUAGGGUUCCCGUGCUUCCGAGCCUUCUAUAAGUCUUAUAGCCUUAGACCCUGA